AUGCCGAGAUCCGUUCAGCACUGGCCAGGGGGAAUCCCCACUUCCAUCCAACCACACCCAGAGACAGAUUUAUCUCUGGACCAAAUUAAGGAGGAAGUCAAAGGCUGGCUACUAUUUGUACAGGAGAAUUGGGUUUCUGCAGCAAACGCAGGUUCCUCCUCCGAUGAGAGAUAUGAGUUAUACCACCGCCGGCAACUGGUGGAAAAAUGGGCUUCGGCUACACAGGAAUUUCGUGAUGUGAAUUCGACUCGGUCAAAUCUGUCCUCGAAGUUCAUUGCGUACCAAUCGCGUGCACCUGUGGGUCUUCCAGGUACAGAGGGGCCAAGAUCGAACAUAAAUGAACCUGUUAAAGGUCUUCGAUACCCAGCCGAAGCAUUAGAACGUCUCUACGACACUCUUCAGCCGAUCGAUAUUAACGGCCUGAUUUCUCUUGCCCCUGUUGAUGAAACCCAUCCUGCAAAUCGAGCGCGAUGGGUGAAAUUCGCGAUCCUAUUAUAUAACUAUGAUAUUGAGACUGGGCACUGUCUACUCGAUAAUUAUAUGCCAUCGGAGGCUAUCCUUAAUCCAGCAACCACUACCGAUCUAUCAGUAGAGGAUUAUCUGCCCUGGGCGGAUCUUGAGACCGCAAACUUCGGGUCUAUCUAUCUCACACAUACUGGCAAAGUACUCUAUCUCGGUUAUUCAGGCCCAUACAUGUUGGUUGAUGGACUAGGUCUAAGAACCGGGCGCCUGACAAUUGUCGAGUUUGAAAUCAACGGGACUGUGAAAGAAUCUGUUGAAGUCCGCCCGUUUAAUAUGCGAAUGCCAUACUUGAGCGCCUUCGAGAAUUGGUCAGGUUUUGGGGAUAUCAAGCAUGCUCGGGGUGCUUAUAGACACCAAAAUCCGCCACUUGACAUGGACCUACCGAUCGUCGAUAUUCUCUGUCAAGCCAAGGACGCUAACCAACUUCCAAACUCAAUGUUCCUCUGUGACCGAGAGCAGUGGACAAGUGAUGUUGAGCUAUAUGCCCCGGGCUACUUGGCUCUCGAGGCCGAAGGGCGCGGGGGAGAGUACCCCCUAACCCGUCUCACUGUACCAGGCCCUAUCCAGGCGGUCAAGAAACAGGUUAUGAGCAGGGUGCAGGACCCCAAUUUCACACACCCCAAUUUUCUGUUCAUUCCUCUAGGCCGAUUUCCAUGA